UCAUUUCUUUCGGCCGGGUUCCCCGCAAAGUGGGGGAAGAGGCUGGAGCUUGACUUGGUAGGAUCUGGAUGAGUCGAUAACAGAGCACUGACAAGAGCUCAGCUGUGCCUGGUAUCGACUUGCUCUGACUUGAUACAUCUUUUUUCAACAUGGCUCGCCAGAGCACUCAGUUAAACCAAGGCUGGACCUUUCGGCAGCAUCAAGGCCCUUCCACGGAAUGGUUGCCAGUGGAAAAGGUGCCGACGCAGGUUCACGUGGAUCUGCUGGCCAACAAAAAAAUCCCAGACCCCUUCGUGGACCUGAAUGAGCGCGCCGUCCAGUGGAUCGGCUACAAGGACUGGGAGUAUCAAGUGACAUUCACCCACGAAGAAGCCUCUUCUCAAGCCGAAAAUGCCACGAGAGACCUGGUGUUCAGCGGCCUCGACACCUUUGCCACCGUCUACCUCAACGGAGACAAGAUCCUCGAAGCGGACAACAUGUUCGUGUCCUACCGCGUCAACGUCACGGACCGCAUCAAGGCCGGCUCGGAGGAGAACACGCUCCGCAUCGUCUUCCGCUCGGCCAUCGUCCGAGGCGAGGAGCUCAUCGAGGAGCACGCCGGCGAGCACAACUUCCUGGUCCGACAGACGGAGAGGAGCCGCGUCCCGGUGCGGAAAGCCCAGUACAACUGGGGCUGGGACUGGGGCCCUAUUCUCAUGACGGCGGGGCCCUGGAAGCCCGUCGCGCUCGAGACGUAUGUUGCGAGAGUUGACGACGUCUGGGCUCAGAGCAACGUCAGUGAGGAUCUGAAGACUGUUUCUGGCUUUCUCUUUGCUCGUGUGGGUGGCGAGCUGAGCCCUCCUGACGACCAAGUCUCCUUGACCCUGUCGAUGGAUGGCAAGACUGUGUUCCAGCAGACAGUCGAUGUUGCCUCAGCCGAAGAUGGUCUAGUCAAAGUCCCCUUCAAGCUCGAGGAGCCCAAGCUUUGGUAUCCAAGAGGAUAUGGUAGCCAAAGCCGUUACCAGCUCAACGCCAAACUCCACCGCAAGGCGUCCGACGCCGGCGAGAUCGACAGCCUGGUCAAGCUGAUUGGAUUCCGCCGCACGGAACUCGUCCAAGAGCCAGACGCCUACGGCAAGUCAUUCUACUUCCGCAUCAACAACGUCGACGUGUUUGCCGGUGGCUCAUGCUGGAUCCCCGCCGACAGCUACCUCGCCAAUGUUCCCCCGGAGCGGUAUCGCGAAUGGGCCAAGCUGGUCGCCGAGGGCAACCAAGUCAUGCUGCGCGUCUGGGGAGGAGGCGUCUACGAAGAGGAUGCCCUCAUUGACGCUUGCGACGAGUUGGGCAUCUUGGUGUUUCACGACUUUCAGUUCGCUUGCGCGUCUUAUCCCGCCUAUCCGUCCUAUCUGAAGACAUUGGAAGUGGAAGCGCGGCAGCAGAUUCGACGCCUGCGUACGCACCCCUCCGUGGUCAUCUGGGCCGGCAACAACGAGGACUACCAGGUCCAGGAGAGGUAUAAGCUGGACUAUGACCUUGAGAACAAGGACCCGGAGUCGUGGCUCAAGUCGUCGUUCCCGGCGCGGUACAUUUACGAGCAUUUCCUGCCGAAGCUGGUCGAGGAGGAAGAUCCGGGCAAGCUCUAUCACCCGAGCAGCCCCUGGGGCGACGGAAAGCCCACGGCCGACCCAACUGUUGGCGAUAUUCAUCAGUGGAACAUCUGGCAUGGGACCAUGAACAAAUACCAAGAGGCCGCCAACAUGGGCGGCCGCUUCGUCAGCGAGUUCGGCAUGGAAGCAUACCCCCAUCUCAGCACCACGCGCCGCAUGGCCACGGACCCGGGCCAGCUGUACCCGGGGUCGAUGGUGCUCGACGCCCACAACAAGGCCAUCGGCCACGAGCGCCGCAUGAUGAGCUACGUCGUCGACAACUUCCGCCCGCGGCACGACCUCGGCGGGUACACCCACCUGACGCAGGUCGUGCAGUCGGAGACGAUGCGCGCCGCGUACAAGGCCUGGCGGCGGCAGUGGGGGAGUCCCGGAGCCAGGCGGUGCGGCGGCGCGCUGGUGUGGCAGCUCAACGACUGCUGGCCGACCGUCUCGUGGGCCGUCGUGGACUACCAUCUCGUCAAGAAGCCGGCGUACUACGCCAUCGCGCGGGCCCUGCGGCGCGUCGACGUCGGCGUCUGCCGGACGGUGCACGAUUGGACCCAGACGGGGAGCUGGGUCGACGAGAACUCGGGCCUCGUCACCGGCCAGGUCGACCACACGCUCGCCGCCCGCAAGGGCACCUUUGACGUCUGGGUCGUCAGCAGCGCCACCGAGCCCGUCGAGCUGCGCCUCGUCGUGCGCUUCAUCUCCGUCCGCACGGGCAAGGACGUCGUCGAGCCCAUCGUCAACCCCGGCGUCGUCGUCGCCGCCGCAAACUCCACGACCGACGUCCUCCAAGGCAAGGCCCUCCCGCCGUCCGUCCCCCACCCCGAAGACCUCGCCACCAAGCCAUUUUCCCUCUCGGACUACGAUCCGUACGUCGUGCACGCCACCGUCGCCGACGCCGCGACCGGCGUCGUCAUCGCCGCGGACACGGCGUGGCCCGAGCCCAUCAAGUACCUCGACCUGUCCAACCGGGGCAUCACGUUUGAGGUCUCGCCCGCUGGGGACGAGGUCGUCGUCGAGGCGGAGAAGCCCGUCAAGGGGUUCGUCUUUGAGGAGGUGGAGGGCUUGAGGCUGAGCGACAACGGGUUCGACGUCGUGCCGGGGGAGAGGCAGGUCGUCAAGGUCGGGGGUGCCUUGAAGGCGGGCGAGUUGUUGUGGACGUGUGUUGGGGCGGAGGAUGCGUCGUUGAAGAUUGGGCAGUCGCCGGCUUCUUCCUUGGCUCGUCGAUAG